UGGGCGAACAAAAUUUCCAGCAUGAAAUUUGAGCGAAACACGUGCAAGAGAGUGCAAUAAUCAUGACGUCGUUAGCCAAGCAGUUGGAGCGGUUGGCGGUGCCGCAUAUUCGAGCCGUGUAUAGUGAGGAUAAAAGGAGGAAAUCUCUUUUGUUUGACCCCAAGGAGGCAGCAGCACUGGAUAAAGAGGCCAUUUAUGCACUAGGUACAAAUGGAAUAGCAGAGUUGCAGGCUCUUGAUCCGGUGUUUGAUGAGUUUCAGGAAAGUUUAUUUGGGGAAUCCACUAUGUCCUUCCAAAGAAGCAUACAAACAACUGAGAUUAAUGCACAGAUUGACGAGACAAUUGAAUCCUUCCUUCAGAGGUUGUCUCCAUACUGUCUGCUCAAACCGGCACAUAAAGCUCUGGAGUGGUUGAUUUAUAGGUUUGACAUUGAUGUUUACAACAUGGAUGCUUUUAUGAUAUGCUUAUUACCAUUUCAUGAAAGUAAAAUAUUUGUUCGAGCAGUUCAGCUUCUGAGACUGAAAUCCAGAACAGCCACAAAAUGGGACUGGCUUCUUCCAAUUCAGGCCUCUGGUGUACACUUGCCAAGACAAACUUUGAUCAAUCACUGCAAUUCAAACAACGGAUUCUUCUCCUUUCUCUGUGACAGAAUCUACAAAACCAUCAAGGACACCGUGAGGAGGGAUGAGGGUGACAAACUAAGAGUUAUCUUCUCCUUGUACAUGUCUACCGUGGUGGGGAUGCUGGAGUUUGGUGGUGCCUCAGAGAACCUGGUGGCCGCCCUCCUCCCCCACCUCAGUCGUGGUAUGAAGUCAAAGGUCACACAGUACCGAGCUGCCACGUAUAUGAUUCUGGCUCAGCUGGUUUGUAAGACGAGUCUCCGACAGGACCUGUUAAAAACUCUGCUCUCUGCUCUCUUCAAGAAGUCACUUUUCAAACUGGAGCAGGAGACCAUGACAUGUGCAGCUUUGAUGUUUCAGCACCAGGAGAUCACAAGUCUGCCAGCUAGAUCUUUCAAACACAUCUGUCGACAACCAGGGUUAAUUGAGAGCUUGAAAACCUUGACGUCUGCAGGUAAUUGUGAUGGACUGACCAUGGCUUUCCUGGACAGACUUGUUGUAAUGGCUGUGAAGCAAGACUCGGACAUGAGUAUGAGUGAAAGCAGUGACUCGGAGAACAUCUCGAGCACACCUCGUUAUCUGGAUAUCCUUCAUGACUUCCUGUCGAGUGUUCCUCUCAGUGAGAGUGUCUCAGACAACCUCACAAAGAAAAUUAUUGAAAAUUAUCUUCUUUGUGCAAAUGUAAUUGUUAAUGAUGGUGAACUGGAGGAGCUGAGUAUGAAACACAGGAAGACCGUUCAGCUGUUGGAGGACAGGUACCCCACUUCCUUAGAUAGAGCUGUGCAGGAAUUUGUGGAUGGAGAGGAGGAGGAUGUAAAGCGACAGAUCCAGGAUUUCCUAAACCUCUCUGUUCUGUCUGUCAAACACCAGCAUCUGUCUGACAUUGAGGGAAGUCUGACUCUGUCCCUCAAUCACAGAACUCCAGCGAUCCGGGUCAAUGCUGUACAGCAUCUGCUGAAAAAUGCUGACAAAUGCGAUGGUGAUUAUGUGUCUGAGGUGUUGAUUACAAGACUGGCAGACGAUUCACCAGAAGUCAUGGAAACGGUUCUAAAAGUUGGACAGUCUUUAUGGAGCAUGAUUAAUGAUACCACACAGAUGUGUACGCUGCUGGGAAAGAUAGUGCUGAAAUGUCAGCCCUGGUCGGGGGUCGGAAAGAUGGCCCUCGGGAUUCUGUGUAGCUGUGACCCCAAAUUCCAGCCCUCUGUCAUCCUUAUCCUUUUUCCACGGUUUCUUCUCUGCACACCUGAUGACCUCAAGUUUUUGAAAGAUUUGUGCGAGACAGACCUAGCCAAGAAUAACCAGAUUAUCAAAUCAGUGGCCCAGAAGUUGAAGAAAGAAGCAGGCAAGAAGAAGCAUUCGACGGAAAAUUUAGCGGAGAUGUCUAUAGCAGUGGCAGGAUGGCUGGCUGAUGCUGUGAUGAAAACCUCAGACUGUGACGAGUUUCUGACCCGGUUACAGGACGGGGGUGAUGACACGCGAUAUCUGUGUCAGCUGGCGCUGUUCCUGAAUGCAGCCAUUCCGCUGAUGUCAGAAAAAAGGGACCAGAUCAAGUGGUUCGGUAAUCAGCUCAAACUUCUACAUCAACUUCAGCCUGGGGGUGUACCGGAGUCCGAUUGGGAGGAGGUCAUUACCGUGGUAACAGACACCUGUAAAAGUUUGGUGGCUGGUCAGAAACAGGGGAAUUCUCUAAGUCUCUGUCUGUUGUCUAACCUGAUACAAUUGAUCCCCACCUUACAGAAUAAGGCUGACUUUUGGAAUUACGAUGACGAUGCCCUCGCCUGUUCAGUAAGGCUGUUUGAUUACCUCAUUCUACAGUCCAGCACCUCGGUCUGUAGGAAUGGAUACAGGAGACUAGUGGCCCAGUUCCUGCAGCACUUCUCUGACAAUGAUGUCAGAAUGAAGUUUCUUGGACUUCUGUGGACACAACAUUGUAAUGACCUCAGUGAAAGGUCAGGAGUCAAGGUCAGCCUACAGAUUCAAGCUCUUCUGAUUGGAAAACAGCUACUGCAUGAAAGCAAGAAAGUACAGGUUCCAGAUUCAGUGAUAAUAAAUCUGAUUUUGGCCAUGACAAGUCCGUUUAUCAGAAUUCGCCAGACGACCAUGGAGUGCCUAAAGCUUCUGAGAGACAAAGAUGGUCUUGGUCAGAGUGUGUUUGUGCCACUAGUGAACCACAUCCAGAAGUGUGAGAUGGAGAUUGUGUCGGACCAGGAAUAUCUGAAACAGACUGUCACUUCUGUCCUGAGUAGUGGACCCAAUAAGGGCAAACGGAGAUCUCACUCUGGUAGGAAGACAGACAGUAGCCUGGUCAGUAUGAUUGUGGACGUGGUCCAGAACUCUGAUACUCCACAAUACAUCAGGAAUAACCUGCUUCAGAUCACAGCUUUACACAACAGCAAGAGUUUCCUGAGUGACCUUCUACCAACCUUUCAGUCUUUGUUAUCUGCCUGUCUCUGUGACAACCCCCCACCCCUGGCUGUCGACAGCUGCAGACUACUGAUCCAGAGGUGGACCUUGGAGACGGCCUCUCUCCUGGAUUCUAACCCCGAGGCUCUGACCUUGGUCCUCGAAAUGAUAGCUGGACCAGUCAACACAAUACAGGAGAUGAUGAUCUCACAGGUGACAGGAGAAUUUUACAGUGAGCUGACACCAGAAACUCAACAGCGGAUUCUAUCUAGUUUGUUUGAUGCCUGGGUCAAAGUUCGGAGUCCAGAAACAGUGAAAGUGAUCAAGAGGACACUUAAACAUUUGGCAUUGGAAAGCAGCCAUGUUGCAGUGGAACUAAACAAAUGUCUGCAGACGACACUGUCAGCUUCAACCGUCAAGGAGCGCAAAAGACAUAGGAAGUCCGAUGUUCAUGGACAAAAAGAAGAAGAUGUUUUUGAACAGUUGACAUGGCAACGAGUGGUGGUUGUCCUGGAGACUAUUCAAAGCAAGAAGAAAAUCAAUGGUUAUCUUCAACUUUUGCCAACGAUAUUCAAAAUACUGUCUGAGGUGUUGAAUUCAGACCAGCACACAUCAGCUGAGUAUAUCAAACAGCUUCUGUUGUCAGUGGUCGAUGAAGCGUGUCAACGGGCCAUUAAUCAUGGUCUUGUACCAGACUUGAAGAAGGAUUCUUCGUUCAAUAUUGACCUGAUAGUGAAUGCUAUACGAACAUCCAGCAAUCCUCAGACUCAUCAUAAAGCCCUUCUGGUCCUCACUACAGCCUCCAAAAUAUUCCCAGAAGAUCUCCUGCACAAGGUGAUGUCUGUGUUCACUUUCAUGGGAGCCAACAUUAUGCGCCAUGACGACCAGUACAGUUUCCAUGUCAUCAAUCGUAUCCUGGAGACCGUGGUGCCUGCCCUAGUAACAGCUUGUGAGCAAAGGGAGGUCCAUGUUGGAGGUCAGACUAAGGAAGGGGUCAUCACCAUGGUAAUGCAGGUGUUUGUGGAUGCUUACACCCAUAUCCCCGAGCAUCGCCGCCUGAUGCUGUUCACGCGACUGGUGGAAAUCGUGGAUGGGAACAACUUCCUGUGGCGGUGUGUUCUGUUGAAGAUGACCCACGAAAUCUCACAAUCAGCAGGGGAAACAACUGAUGGAGACGAUACUGAGAUGCAAUUUAACCUGAAUUUGUUGUCCCAAUUCUCCAUGACAACACAAAUCAACUCCAUAGCAACCAUGAUAUCCUACAUAUCAGGGUUACCAGUAGACAAACCCACAGAGACGGUCAGAAGAAAGAGAUCGGGGAAACACUCCCAGGAGAACAUCAGCAUCUUCCCUGUGGAGACUCACUCUGCCAAACAGCUGAGGCACUUCAAAUACAGAACUGUCAAACUCCUCCUGUCCUGGUGUGUCAGUUCCACGCUCGUUCAGCAGUUGUCUGCUUGUGAAGAGGAUGAGAUCACCUCGGGCUUUCACCACCUCGUGCAGACAAUCAUGACGUACAUUUGUCGUCUGACGGAGCUGAAGUUGGAGGAUCACACCCUGGCCAAGUUCUACCGUGCUCUGUCCCACAAAAUUUAUGACCUUCUGGACAAGGUGGUUGGUCUUCUGCCGGAGAGGAUGUUGCUCCAGGUUAUUAAGGAGCUCAUGGAACACUCCAUUCCCAACAUUCAAAGGAAGUCCAUGGAACUGCUGAACAACUUCCUGCUACAGAAGGAACAAACUAUGGAGGCUGGCUUACUGGGGGUUGUAGACAAACUUCUACAUGUGUCUGCAUCAGAGAACAUAGAGGCAACUACGACCCAAACAGCUUUAUACAGCCUGAAGUUACUGUGUAGAAGGAUAGGGGCCAACCAUCCACAAAUGUUUAUAAAGGUGCUGAAGAUGUCUGUGGAGAUUUUCCGUUCUCGGGCAGGGAACCAGUCUCUCCAGGCUAGUGCUCUGUUGUGUAUUGCUGAAGUCUGCAGCACACUGAAGGCACAUGUCAUAGCUCACCUAUCAUCCUUCAUGCCCAAGAUUGUCUCCUGUCUGAAGGACAACCAGCUUGUGGAGGGGAAUGAGCUGUUUCUCUUAAGCAUGAUUACAACUGUCCAGAAAGUGAUGGAAAACUUGUCUUUGUUCCUUAGUCCUUACCUACAAGAUAUUGUUACACAGAUCUGCUGCCUCUCUGGAAGACAGACAGACGUGUUGCAGAAAGCAACCAUUCAACAGAGACUCAAAGCUAUCAGGGGCACCAUGGCAACCACUCUGCCUCCUCGGGUACUUCUCGGAAUUUUACCUGAUUGCUAUGAUAAACUUCUGACACUCAAUCCUAAUGGAAUCCAGCCCAUGAUGACCAUGCUAACAGAACAUGUCGGUCAUAUAAAGAAGGAGGAUUUAAGUAGUCAUUUAGUUCAGUUACAGGGAUUCUAUCUCACCUGUCUGGAUGUACAGUCACAUUACAAGGGAGAUGUGGAGGAGGUAGAAAAUGCUGUGAUAGAGGCUAUUGUUGCCACGGUGAUGAAACUGUCAGAAGCCACAUUUAGACCAAUGUUUUACAAGAUGUUUGAUUGGGCCACAAGAGAAGAAGAUCUGAAGCAUAGAAUUCUGGUAUUCUACAAAAUGGCUGACAGGUUGGCCGAGAAGAUGCAGAGUCUGUUCACGAUAUUUGCUGGUCACAUCAUUGUUCAUGCUGCCCAGAUUUUAACAGACAACAACAAACAGAUGACUGACGAUGAUUUCUAUGGCUCCAGUAAGUCUGGUAGAAGGAAAUCCCACAAGUUAUUGGUGUACAUUUUUGAUUGCCUGUGCAAGUGUUUCUUGUAUGACACAGAGGGCUUUGUUACCAAGGAAAGAUUUGACACAUUGUUACAACCCCUAGUAGACCAGCUGGAGAAUGUUGAUGGUGAACCUUUAUCCAAAGAAAGAGUGAGUGAGCACCUUGUUCCUUGCAUUGUACAAUUUGGUGCCGCGACCCAGGAUGAUUCACUGUGGAAAACUCUAAACUACCAAAUACUGCUGAAGACGCGUCACUCCUCGCCUGAGGUUCGAUAUGCAGCUCUGAUUGCUGUGGAUGAAUUCCACAAGAAGUUGUCGGAGGACUACAUGGCAUUGCUGCCGGAGACCAUCCCGUUCCUCGCAGAACUCAUGGAGGAUGAGGAAGAGGAAGUAGAGAAGAUGUGUCAGUCGGUAAUCAGUCAGAUGGAGAGAACCCUCGGAGAGCCUCUACAGAAAUACUUCUAAUGUGUCAGUCAUGAUCAGUCAGAUGGAGAGAACCCUCGAGGAGCCUCUACAGAAAUACUUCUAAUGUGUCAGUCAGUAAUCAGUCAGAUGGAGAAAACCCUCGGGGAGCCUCUACAGAAAUACUUCUAAUGUGUCAGUCGGUAAUCGGCCAGAUGGAGAGAACCCUCGAGGAGCCUCUACAGAAAUACUUCUAAUCAGGAAAUUUAUUUUAUUUUAUAUGAAAUCUAUGAAAUUAAACUAAACACUCUUAAUA